CCGCUUGGAGCCAAGUCCCGAGGAGGCGGUAGAGCCGCGAAGGGAUGCUGGAGGCGCUGCUGUCCGGGGCCGCCGAGGGACUGAUCCUCAUCCAGGAUUCAGUUGCUUGCGAAGGCCGCUCCUUGCUGAAGAGCUUCAUCACAGCUGCCGCCCAGCGGGCAGAGUCCAUCCACGUUCUCAGCUUUGACCUCCCAGAAUUGGAAUUCAAGGAUGGGCUGAGCACUGAAGUGACCUCCCAGAUAUUGUUCCACGAUGCUUUCCCCGAUCCCCUGGGCUGGUCCGGGAGGGGCAACGGCCUGACCCUGGCGGUAUUCUCCGCUUCGGAAUUGGCAUCCUGCCUGGCCACCACCCCACGGGGACCCACCACGCUCGUGCUGGAUUCCCUCAGCUGGCCGCUCCUCCGCCUUCCCUUCCCCUCUGUCUGCCAGGUGCUGGCACAGCUGCCCGGGAGAGCGAACGUGGCUGGGCUGAAAAUUGUCCGGAUUGUGGCCCUCGUCCACGGGGAUUUGCACCCGCCAGCCCAGCUGGAUGUACUGAAGGCCCUGGCCCGCCUGGUGGUGGCCCUGCAGCCGGGACCGAGGAGCGGACGGGGUGGGGAGGGGACUCCUCAAACUGCCGCCGUCCUCCAUAGGAAGAGGGGAAGCCAGCUUCUGCAGAAGACGGAGCUCUUCAGCAUCCUCCCCGGGUUCGGGUUCAAAUUCCUCGGCGAGCUGCCACCGAAAGGCGUUUGCAGAGAGGAUGAGGCAGAAGGACGGGAACUCAUCGCAGUUGAUCCGACGGCCCGCCUGACUUUCAAUCUGCAUCUCACGGAGGCCGAGCGCCAAGCCAGGGAAUCGGUGCCUCUCCCGUACCACUUCAGCGAGGAAAAGAAAUCCUCUCUCCUGCAGACGUCGACGGAGGAAGGCAAAAUCUACUACGAACCAGAUGCCGCCGAUGAUUUUGACGAUGAAGAUCCUGAUGACGAUUUGGACGUGUGAAGGAGAAACAGGGGGACUGACCCCCCCCCCCCCCCCCAGAUCUGGAACCGGGAUCCUUUUACAUCUUCCCGGAGAGCUGCUUUCCUCUGCAACGUGGGAAUGAUGGCAGACAGAGCCAGUCUGGGCACUGGGAAUGGACUGGAACCCGGGGGCCACCUGAAAAGAGAGAAAAACAAUCCAGAUUUCCUGCUUCCUGUGGGGGAAAAAGAGACAGGAGUAAGAAAGUGACCUGCAGGAAAUCGGUCGGGAUCGCUUUGCUGAGGGUGGAGAGAGAGAUUUGGUUUAACCGUCCUUUCGAGGAAGGAGAGAUUCCUAGCUGGGCAGCCAAUAAAUUACCUGAGUGC